UAUCGCUUUAGUUGCACCGCGUGUAAGUGGAUGCACGAGAUACUCGAAACAGUAUCGGCUCAUCCGCUUACCCGAUAUACGCCUAUACUUACUCGAGAUCGAGUAAACCGCUCGUGCGAUAUGGGAUCUGUAGCCGAUGUGUAGUGUGACUCGGCUAAUACUGACCACUUUUUUUUUUUGCACAAAGGUGCUAUUUUUCGAAGGCUGUUAGUGAGCACGUGUUUGCAGCGGCUACUUUACGAGAAGAUGGCAGUCCAAAGGCAAAGGAACGUGGUCAAUAAAAGAUGGCUUUUUCGAUGUAUUAUUUUAUCAUUUUGUUGUAUUUCGGUGUCACAACAAUAUUCGAUUAGUCCGAUUGCCAAUUCUCUCGAUCCAGACUGGCUGUUACACAUGAAUUACACUCGAUACGUGACAGACAUGAGAGCAGCGCUCGAAUCCAACGACACCGGCGCUUGGGCCGAGAAAAUUUCGAGCAUGCUGGAUCUGCAUCGCGUGAAACGCCAGCUGCUUUGCUCCCUCAAUUCCAAAGCCUCUUGCUUUGCUUGUAAGUUCGUGAUAAACUUGAUCCGCGCCAUCAUAAAAACCGGCAAGAGCAACGCGCAAGUUGCAAACGAGGCAGGGAGAGUUUGCACCAUCCUUGGGAUCCAGAGUGCUAAUGUCUGCAUGGGCAUCAUGCGCCUCGUUGGGAUUGAGGUGAUAUACGUGAUUAGACACUCGAACAUGCACCCAGCGCAGAUGUGCAGCUUCUUCCUGGGCGAGACUUGUUUCCCCGGUGACGAUCCACGCCACAAUUGGAAGGUGACGUUCCCAUCGUUGCCGAAGCCGUCGGUUCAUCCAGUCACACCUCCAGGGGAGAGAGUGCCACGGCUCAAGGUCUUGCAGAUCUCCGAUACCCAUUAUGAUCCGCAUUACCUGAUUGGCGGCAAUACCGAUUGCGGAGAGCCCCUUUGCUGCCGAGCCUCCAACGGACCUCCCGCUUCGAGUGCCACUGCGGCCGGCAAGUGGGGUAACUACAAGUGCGAUUCCCCCAAGUGGCUCAUUCAGAACACAUUCCAGCACAUCAUCGACACGCACAAGGAUAUUGACUACAUCAUGUGGACAGGAGACAUACCUCCACAUGAUUCCUGGAAUCAAACGAGAGAAGGGAACCUCCAGAAUCUCAAAGAUACUGUUGAAAUGGUAGCCACGUACUUCAAGGGCAUUCCAGUUUUUCCAUCCAUUGGAAAUCACGAAAGUUGUCCCGUAGACAGCUACCCACCACCGUUCGCUCCAUCCAACAAGAACAUGUCGUGGCUCUACGACGAGUUGAAUCACGAAUGGAGCCGCUGGCUACCGGCGGAAACAUCCAAAACCAUCAAACGCGGUGCUUUUUACUCAACACUCGUAAAACCCGGUCUGCGCAUCAUCUCGAUCAACGGCAAUUACUGCAAUCGGAACAACUUCUGGCUGUUGCUGAACAGCACCGAUCCCGUUGGGGAACUCGCCUGGCUCAUCGAUGAGCUCCAAGCCGCCGAGAACAAGAGCGAAAAGGUUCACAUAAUCGGGCACGUACCACCUGGCGAAUCGGAUUGCGUCAAAGUCUGGUCCAAGAACUACUACGAUAUCAUCAACAGGUACGAAGGAACGAUAAUGGCCCAGUUUUACGGGCACACGCAUUACGACGAAUUCGAAGUGUUUUAUGACACAAAGGAUCUGAAGCGACCCCUAAACGUAGGUUACAUAGCACCCUCCGUUACACCGUGGGAAAACGUGAAUCCAUCGUACCGCAUUUACUACGUUGAUGGUGAUCAUUCGAACACCUCCAGAUCGAUCAUUGACUACGAAACGUGGAAAAUGGAUCUGGACGAGGCUAAUCAGAAUGGCGAGCCAGUCUGGUACAAGGCGUACACAGCUAGGAGAGCUUACAACAUGUCCUCCCUUCUGCCCAAAGAUUGGGAUGAACUUAUCAAAAGAAUGGCCCAAAAUGAGGAUCUUUUUGAUAUUUUUCACAGAAACUACUUUCGAGAUUCGCCCAUGAGGCCGUCCUGUGAUGAAUCAUGCAAAAAGAAUUUGCUGUGCAAAAUGAAAAGUGGCAGGAGUCACGAUGAAGUGAAUUUGUGUCACGGUCUAUAGAAAAAUAGUACGAGCUGCGUGGUGAAAAUGAGACAUAAAUAUGUGUGUGAAUUCCAAUACAUAGAGAACAUAUCAUAUAUACUGUGGAUACUUGAAAACCUUUGUUAUAAUAUUUUUAUUUUGUACCGAUCGAAUAGAGCAUAUAAAUUGCUUUACAUUACUUUGUAGAAAUAAAUAAUAUGUCACAAAAUGUGAACUCACACUCAUUUAAUAUUGAGAUUAUUUGAUAACUAAGAAUGUUUUUUACUCAGGAAAUAAACGUAAUUA